UCAUAAAUGGUCUUUUUGAGUUAUUUUAGGAAUUAUAGGGCGAAUAGAACUUUGCAGAAGGUAUUUAAGGAUUUUAGAAGUUAUUAUUUGCAUACACAGAUGAAGAAGAUUCAUAAGAGUUUGUAUUAUGGGUACAGAAAUAAGGAUUUAGUCUUGUUAAGAACAACCUGAGAUUUUUCUGUUUAUCAGAAACUGUAUGAAAUGAUCCUUUUCAAUCGAGAAAAUCCUUUCUCUAAUAAAUUUCAUCAUGGAAAACUCACAAAGAUAAAUGUCUUCGAUGCCAAAGAUCUUCCAGGCUACAAUGUGAAUUCUAAAUCUUCCAAGUUCCGAGAAACAAGAUUUGGCGAAGUCCAAUAUCAAGCUCGAUCCACAGGAGCCCAUAAUACUACACUUCUCUUCACAUUCCAGCGUGCAUUUAAUAAAGACUAUUCUUUCAGAGAUUGGAAGAUAACUAAAAUUCAGAGCCGAGAAAAUAACUCCAGUGUUAUCUAAAUUCAAUCCAAGUUGAA